AUGGCAGCCGCUGGUUAUCUUUUCUCUUCGUGGCACAAGACGCCGGAAUACGUCGAACUGUUCGAGCUCACUACCGACCAGGAUGAAGUCAUCUUGAGGGACAAGGGCGGUCCCGCUUAUGUGGAAGGCCAGGUCAAGCUGAACAUUACAGAACCCCUACAGGGCGCUAAGUGUAUCUUGUUCCGCUUUAUCGCUGGAGUCAUUGCCAAAUUUGACGACCCGGAGUUCAGUGCAAACCUCCGCGGGCCACAACGGCUCACAGACCAAACGCUGAAGCUAUGGGAACCCACAGACGACGACGAUCAGCCCGUGCCUCUCGAGGCCGGCAAACACAACUUCACCUUCCGGGUAAAGAUUCCCGACCACAUGCCGCCAUCGUUGAGGUUCGAGCGCGGACACGUCCAGUACAUGCUCGUCGCCACUAUCAUAUGGGAGCCCCGCACGUUUUGCGGCCUGCCGUGCAUACCGAUGUCGCGCCUGCCCACCGUCUCCAAAAAGGAGGUGUUUGUCCGCAAGCCGCCGGCCACAAUCGAGCCUAUUGUCGAGACGCUGAAGCAGCUGACGGAGGGAGAGGAGAAGAAGGUCCGCAUUGUGGAACAGAAGGGCGAGAACGGAGUCGCGGGUGGGAGGACGCUGUGGAAUCCUGUGCCGGAGGUGGAGGUUGCGCUACCUACCGUCCACGCCAUUCCCUCGGAGAACAUCCCCGUUACCAUAAAUGCGAGCGGUGGUGCAUCGCUGGUUGAGCUCAAAUGGCAGCUGCGACAGCAUCACUCGUUCCUCUUCACACAUAACGCUGGCUUCAGCUUUAUGGGCGGAAAAGUCGAUUCCGCAAGCAACGUCAUCAGCGAGAAGAAUGUCAAAGAGAAGCAUUUCCUCCAGAAGCAGUACAUCUACACCCCAGAGACUGGACAUUACCCUGGGCUCGAACAUGCCGUGGAUGUUCCGAUCUUGGCGCCGUUUGAGGACCUGCAUAAAGCUGCCGAAUUGUGCCCAGAUGUUGAGACAAACGUCCUAAAAGUCCACCACAUCAUCCAACUCGAAAUCAAAUACCGACCGAAAGGCGCAACUCCCAAAGACGAGCCCCAGGAAUCCAAGGUAGAAGUCCCCAUUGUCUUCUACGUCGCCCCCUCCGCUUUCCCCACUGCCGUCGCCGAGAUUGAAGGCGCUGAGAAGGACGGCAAGGACACGCUCAGCCUGCCAGAUUACGAAGAAAAGGCACCUGCGCUGCCUACGUACGCAGAGGAUGAGGAGGGUGUUAGGCGGCGCAAGGUCUGA